AUGGUCAUGCUGAAGAUGGUUUGAGAGAUUGACAGGUAAACAUUCUUGCAGUACCCUUUCGUACAAUAUAGCGUUACAUAUACAGUUUAACAUUACACAGGGACUCCUACACCACCGACAACAUGGCAAGCGGACAAAAGAAAUCAUUUUGUAGUUCACUCAAGGAUUCUUUGACAGGUUUUAAAAAGGGUGACCUGAAAAAGACGGACACCAAAGUGACCACAGCAGGAGGCGAGUCAUUCAUUGAAAGUCAUGAUGAAGAUGGAAAGCUAGUAUCCAAGACAACGAUCGGCCAGACCUAUGGAUUUGUAGGAUGGGGUAUUCCAGAUAUGCAGGUGGGAGAAAUCCUACCUUGGCUCCUCCUAAGUUCCCAGGAUGUGGCUUGUGACGAAGAAACACUACAUAAGCAUAAUGUAACACAUAUCUUAAAUGUUGCAACAUUCGUGGAUGAACAUUUCCCAAAAAGCUUCACCUAUAAAUCUAUGAAAAUGGAUGACCAUCCUGAUUUUCCUAUUUCACGAAAGUUUGAUGAAGCUUUUAAUUUCAUAGAUAAGGGUCGUGCGAAAGAAAAUGGUGUCGUACUUGUGCAUUGUAAUGCAGGAGUUUCUCGUGCUGCAACCAUCGUCAUUGCCUACCUGAUGAAUCGUGAGGGAAUGGCCCUCCAACAUGCCUACAGUCAUGUCAAAGAUAAACGUCCCGCUAUUCGCCCCAACGAUGGAUUUCAAAGCCAGCUGAAAGCUUACGCAGAAGAGCUGAAAAGACUCAAGUGAAGGAAUCAAAUUUCAGGCAAUUUUAGCAAUUUAUUCUGUAGUGUUCUAAUUAAUUAAUCAUGCUAUUAUAAAGAUUCACACUUUUUAGGUUAGUUUUCUGUGAUACUUUAUUUAUUCAUUUUUUACAGGUAGAUGUAUUUUACUAUUGUGAGUGACAGACCUUUAUUGAUUUAUAUACUGUUUUAUGCACAUGCUUACCAAAAAAAAAAGAAAAACUUAAGUUUUAAAAAUAUUUUUAUUAGUCAUUUGGUAAUUGUGUCAAAUGCGGAGUGAUAAUCUAGUUCUUAUUUUAAUAAUGCUAGCAAUUGAAGUGUCAUUUGUUGUUAAAAAUCUUAACGGCAUGCUUAGAAUUUACAGUGAAAUAUUUACAGUAAAGACUGUUUCCCUUUAUGUUCAGUUUAUUUCAUUAUGUCAAUGAAGAAUGUACCGUUUCCCACGUAUGAAAUGUAAUGUUAUAACAUCGCUCAAAUUUUCUCGGAACCAUGCAUCUUGACUCAUUAUAAACAUUAUGUUUAAUGUUUAAGAUUUUAAUCUUCAUGGCCCAGUUGUUCAAAAGGUGAGAAGGCUAAUCACAUAUUAACAACAUUUUUCAAAUCCUGAUAUAAAAAAUUUCUGGUAGAACUUACUUGACAAAACUUUAUGAAAUUCUGUAAUUCUUAGUUCUCUUCCAACUAGAAUAAUUUAAAGACGAUUAUACUCAAAGGUUUUGCAACAAAUGAGAAAUGAAUUUUUCACUAAUCAAGUGAUUAAGCUAAUUACCUGUUGAACAACUGGACCCAGGUUAUUUGGGAAAGGGCAAUGCUAUAGGUCUGCAUGGCGAUACAAAUUGUCCCUGGUAUCGUAUGUCAAGCAUUUACCUACAAUCAUUGUUUAAACACUGUCUAGACUUAAUGAUUUAUCAGGAUAUACUUAUACACUGUACAUGUAUUUGGGAAUGAUAAAUUAAUGUUCUGAUAGUGAUAAUUAUGGAUUCAAACUUUGGAAUCCAGACUUGACAUAUUUUGACCCAACUGAAUAUACAUGUAUGUGUAAACACUGAAAAUGUCAAUUCACAUUACCAUGUAUUCUUGACAUGUAUAAACAUUGUACCUUUGGAUGUAUAUCAUUGUUAGGUAUGAAAUUCUCGUGUAACAAAACUGCCUAUUAAUGUUAUAUAUAUUUUCCACUGUAAAGUUUGUUAAUAUUACUGGUUUUGAAAGAAUCAAUAUAUGAAAUAUGAUCUGUUUUCAGAUGAAAAUAUGGAUUGAAUUUAUUAUUUUUAUUUAUUUACCUAUUUUAAAAAUACCUGCUUAUUAUCACAAAAUUUUAUAUCUGUACUGUGCAGACUGUUUUUUUUUUGCGCAUAAGAGCUAAUGUUGUGAUGCAGCAUCUGUCGUCAACUUUUCCUUCAAAUGCUAUCAUCUUGUUACCAGACUAACCGAGAUGGCUAAAAUUUAUAAUCAUGAUGUUGUGCUGUAGUAUGCUGGGAUGAACAGUAAUCAUGUUUGUUCCAAUGACCAACCUUAACCUAGUUUUAAGAUCUCCUGAGAAUGAUACUGCAGACGUAAGUCUAAUCCAAAGGGUUCUGAUGUUCUUGUAUCUACAAUCGUCAGAAAAUUCGGAAUAACUUUAAGUCAAGCUCCAGACCAGGGGACUGCAGUGAUCUGUCAGUACAGCACCAGAUAAUGUUAGGUUUGAUCCGGCCAUGGAGGUUUUUUGCUUAGCAACCCGAGGUCAGACUCUCCUAUGAUGUUAUUCAUGUAGUUAUGUCUAGAUACCUUCCAGCAAAUAUUAAGACUGAAGCAAGUGGGCUGGAGCUUUGUUUCUGUAACACGAGAGGCUGCUGGUCAGCCGGUUUAUACUCCGAUGUUCUGUGAUGAGGAGAGAUUACAAGUAUUCCCCAAACGUUGUGUAGUAGAUAGCUGGGCUUUUAAUGUGCAAUUAUUUGUUGUUUCAUUCUAUACAUAUAGAUUUAAACCUUAAUCUUGGUAACACUUAUUUUUUCUCUGGUUCUUUUUUGUACAUGUUCACAAUACGAUAUAAAACAAUUCUGUUCAGGUCUCGCACAAAACCUUGAACAUUAAUUUGAUAAAAUUUCAUAUUGUUUGAACUUCAAAUGAGCGAUUUAGGUGAUGGAGUCACUAUAGUGAUAACAUAUACAGGAAGUAAAAUAAUUAGUGGUGCAAGAAUAAUAGAAUCAAACAUGGGUCUGUUACAUUGUACGUGGACAGGGAUAUCUCGACCAAAGUGUAACAGUUUGGCUGGCCAGCACGAGGCUUGUGCAUCAAAACUGAUGAUGUUAUCAAUUUGUGACGUGGUUACGCAACAUACAAUGGUGACGUUACACUAUUGUGAGUGGCUUCAUAGCGCAUGUCAGCUGUCUUUCCCUACCCCGUGUGAGAUUGAUUUAUGCUAUCCCUAGCAACCACAGGAUAACCCUGUGAAGUAUGUGAGAACUUUUAUGUGUAUGUUUUAUAUUGACUACUAGUUCUAUAUGUUGUUAUAGAGUUUUCUAUUUACUCUUCUUUGCUCGUUUAAAAAUAAAUAUCUGUGAUAAAUUAA